AUGACUACCGCGGCGACGACGACUUCGAAUCCGCGGCCGCGACGAACGGUCGUCGUCGGAGUGCAGCGUCCCGCGACGGCCGCGGUGGUGGUGUUGGCCGCGGUGGUGGUGGCCGCGGCCGGUGGCGGUGGCGCGUACGCGAAGCUCAUGUCCACCAGACCGGCGACCUGCACGCUUUCCGAGUUCGCGUGCACCUCCUCGUCGUCGUCCACCGCCGACGAAGACGAUGACGACGCAACCGGAGCCGCCGCUGUGCGCUGCGUGCCGUCCAUCAGGUACUGCGACGGCCGGCGCGACUGUCCGGACGGGUCCGACGAACCGCACUACUGCACGCCGUGCAAUCGAACUUAUUACGGAGACGUCGGAAAAACGUACGAAUUUGAAUUGCAUCGUCCAAAACCCGACAAGUUGCCAUUCAUCUGUUUUAUAAAGCUCGUUGCACCAGGUCAUCAUUUGGGAGAUCUAAUACAAGUGACUUUGGACAGUUUCACAAUCGGUCGGUUUGCUUCGUACACGAAUGCCGGAUGUCCAGACGGUGACCUACACAUCACCGAAUCGGACAGGCCGGCUGUGUCGGGUGGCUGGUGCGGCACAUCUUGGGCGCCGGCCCACUACUACAGCGAAACGAAUUCCAUCACACUGCUGGUUCGGUUGUACACGCUGUCCAGUUUGGACAACACGGGUUACAACUUCGACUUCCGUCUGGGCUACAAAAUGCUCAACCGGAACCGUGCGGUCGUCCGGUACGGCGAGCAAAAAAUGUUUGCAAGAGUAAACGAAUCGUUUCACAUGGGUGACCUGAUGGAAGGCACGUACUGCUCGCGGAUAUUUAGCAACUGCGACAAGAAGAGGUGCGUGCUGCAGUCGCCUAAUUACCCUGGGCUCUAUCCCCGAAACUUGACUUGCUACUACGCGAUCCGACAACACGCGAUACCGUAUGGCCACCAGGCGCUAAUAUCUAUCACACAGCCGUACAGUCGACUGGUGUCGAUCAAGACGGACCGGACGAAUCCCGAAGGAGCCGACCCAAAGCCCGUUGAACGAAAGGAUUGGAGCAAGUGCGACAAUGUACCUGAUUUUGUGACCGUUUAUGAUGGAUACACAACUAGAGAUCCGAUUUUGUUGAGGUUUUGCGGAUCCGGUGAAACUGUGCCUGUGACUACGUCUAGUGGGCCUGAGCUGUUAGUUCAGUUUUCUACGUCACCGUACGGCACUCUGAUGUAUCCGUUCGGCCCAUUACACGGAUUUCAACUUCAAGUACAAGUGCACUUUGUGGAGAUCGAAUCGAUCAAGUACACCAAAAAUAAGCGGUGUGAAUUCUGGAUACGGAACACAGGCCGCGGUUGGUUGCACGCGCCUUAUCACUCUUUACCGGAGAACACGACUUGCUGGUAUCAUUUGCAAGCCACUCCAGCCGGUAUCGCGGCUGCCGGAUAUCCGGUGGAUCGUGAUUCCGGCUCCGGUCCCAGGUACAAGGUAUGGGUAUCCGUACUCAAGUUCUACGUGACAGGCCCUCAGACUCGAGACUGCUCGACCAACUUGAUGGUGUGGGACGGAAACUCUUCUUGUCAUCCAUUCUGCGAUUCGAGAAACGCCUCGUCGUCCGCGUACCAACACAACAACAGCACGCUGUUGGCCAACUACUGUCCCGGUCAAACGCCAAGGUCUUGCGAUCAUUUCCUAUUGACUCGGCAACAGCGUCCGUGCACGCUAUCCGAAAGUUUUCUGUCCACGUCCCGAUCGCUUACAGUUCAAUUGAACAUACAGCACGCCACAGCUCUCAGACCGGUAUCGUUUAAAGCUCUCUACGAAUUCGUCGACUUGCACCAGGACGGAAGCUCGUGGCCUGAAACUGGAAGUAUGUGCUCCAGAAUAUUCCGAAGACCCACGCACUCGCCUUCUAGUACGAUAGCUAUCCGUUCGCCAAAAAAUAUAUUUUUUUACGGAAGAGGAGGCAAUAAAAAUUUAAGUUGCGUAUUCAGACUGGAAGGACAGCCAGGUGAUGUGGCUAAGGUGACAAUACUGAAGAUCGGUUCGGGUGACAGGAGUUGUUAUAGCCGUUUGAACAAAGACCGAGGUACUUUACAGUGCGUGGGUGACAUCGGAUCGUCUCUGAGCGUUUUGGACGAGGUAAACGGCCCAAAGACCAUGCUGGUGCCCAGACACUGUUUGUGUUCGACCAACACGUCCCUGUUGCCAUACACGUUCGUCACACUGGGCUCAAAGGCUUCGAUGGUGUGGGAUGUAUUCAACAUGAACUCCACCGAAGACUUCCGGCUUCACUACUUCGAAGCCACCGUGCAGUUCGUCAGAAGAGAGGUGGUGCCGAAACGUUGCGAGGUGAAGAGCAACCUGCUAACUGGGCCUGGCGGCCAUUUCACGUUUCACUCGCAUCACAACACCACGUGUGAAUCUCACUUUGUCAUACUCACGCAACAGAAGUACACCAACAGUUAUCUGUACGCUAAAUUGCCCGGACUGGCGAUGCCGGAUUCGUCGCACGCGGUGCCCAACAACACACAGCACGUACACUGCCCGACCAACAAUCGGUUCAUAGUGCAUGCCGGCGACACGGUUCACACAGUCGUUUGUCCGGACCCGUACUACACAGUCGAGGUGUUUUCAGAUGGAUGGCACACCAGAGACAUAAUGUCGAAUUCCUCACGAGACAUCGUCAUCGAGUUCAUUCCAAUGGAUCCUGGUUCGUACACAGUUUCUUGGAUACAACUCUCGUCCAGGAUCCGAGCCGACGGCCCAUACUGCCACAGCCAGUGCCCGGAGCUGGACGCGUGCAUCAACGAGUCGCUGUGGUGUGAUGGCGUGGAACACUGUCCGUCCGGUUACGACGAGUCUUUCGGGUACUGCAUGCACCUGCUGUAUACGCACCUGGUGUACAGCAUCGCACUGACCGUGGCCAUCGUCAUAGUGGCCGUGUCGUCGGGGCUCACCGUCCUGUGGUUCCGGCGGUUCCGUUCGUCGUCGACGGCCGCGGCCGGCUGCCGGAGCGCGUCCGCCAAGUCCGCCGAGACGGAAGCGGUCAUGUCCGGGCGCGACGUGGUUUACUGACAUAAGGUCAACGACGUAGUGCACUACGUCGAAUACGAUCGCGUCACCACCGUCUGAUCGGCAGCGGGCAAGCGACUCGAACGAGAAAUCUUUGCCGUCGUCGUAACAGUCAUCGUCAUCGUCGUCAUCAUCAUCAUCAUCGUAACGCGCGUGCCUCUUAUCAUACAUAAUAAUAAUAUACCUCCACUAAUUUAUACCGUAAUUGCCGUAGCGAUGUGCCUGGUCAACACGUGGCUAGUACUCCAUACUAUUAUAGGGUAUAGCAAUAUACUGCCGUCUAUCAUUAAAUUAUUACCAGUAAAUGUAUAAUAGCUAAGUACAGCGACUUAUUAUUAUUGAAGGAUCUGUUAAGAUACAGGCAUAGAGCGUCUCGAACCACAGGAUAGUUUAAUGCAAUGGAAUUUCAUUUUUCGAGCGUUAUACUGUCGCCCCCCCUCCUCACCCACCAAUCUCUCGCCGAACUGGCUUGGCGUUUUUCGCGUAAGACCCGCUCUAGCUUGUGCCAAUCCGGGAUAAUAGUAAGCCGGGAUAAUCACCAAAAGUGUACUAUCACGCAUUCAUGCGGUAUCCUUGGUCGAAAUACUAGCUUCGUGUAAACAGGGAAUUUGAGGAGAGACAUUUAUUAUUAUUUUUUGUACGUUUUCGGGGGGAAAAAAAUCUGAUCUGAAAACGUCCUCUGCGGGUAUGGCCCAUUUAGUAGGUACCCAUGUAAAUUAUGGAGGUGUGGUGUGCAAUUAUAGUGGUACAGCGUUUUCGCUGCGAAAGUUGGUGAUUUACACGAGUACCGUAAUCCAAGACCGACACUCGUAGUCGGAGUAUUGAAUAUUUUCGGAAAAAAAAAACAUUAUGUCGCGCACCGUGUGGAAAUUACUUGGUCUAAAUGCGUGCGACUGAUGUUGUACGCGUAUAUAUACUUUGUUAUUAUUAUAUUCUCUCUCGCUCUCUCUCUUUCUAGUCCAAAUCACAUGGUUCGCAGAAUUCGGGCAACGGAGUGCCAACGCCUCCUCGUGUACCCGUCCCACCCCGCCCAUAGCCAAUAUCAACCCUGACCAGCGGGGCGUGAAAUCGACGUUAUUGCUCGGUCCAAACAUAUAUUAUCUGACCCGACCUAGUUAAUUCUUUUUACGCCAUAGACACCGUCACCGCCACCGCCGCCGUUCAACGGUCGCCAAAUUUCGGUCGUAAUUUUCUGACUCGUAAAAACAAAAUAUUCGAACCGUACAAUAUCGUUAUUAUAUUAUUUACGUACACAGCACACUCCCUUUGGACGGUGGCCGGUGGGUAAGGGGUAUAGAAGUGAGGGUGUACAUCUCUAUCUGGCGGUAGGUUUUUUUUUGCACUUUCACACGAAAGUCCAGUAUUAUCUCACAAACACGAACCCUCGGACGUACGAGAUUAAACUAAUAUAACGCGAUGCGCACAUUACAUACCGGUUACGUAAUAAUAAUAAUACAUCCUAUAUGUCGGUAAGACUUCCCCUAGUUGUUCAACCUCCGCAGUCUAGAUACCAACGAAACUUUCCACUUUUGUACAUUAUAACACGCAGUGAUUUUUUUCAUCACCAAACUGUCAUUUUCUAGGAAAAAAUAUUUUUUUUAUUUUUACUUUUUGUUAAAAGUUUGUUUAGUUUUUUUAAAUCUUUUAAUACUUGAAACGACCAUAUAUAUUUUGAAUAUGGUAUUAUUCCCAAUUGGAAAAUAAUAUUGUCCGAUUAUUUCAAUGUAUGAAAAUCGCACGUUUUCGAACCAAAGUCGAUUAGCUAUAAUAGCAUUGUAUUAAUACAUGAACGCAAUAAAAUGAUACAAGAUUAGAUACCCAGCAAGCUGCCGGUGCAUUCAGCACUGCGCCGCUUAUCUAAACUUUAAUAGGUACUUCUAAAUACUAUAAGUUUUGUUCAAGGUUCAAGGUUAGAUUUGUAUAUGUGAAAUUAAAAUAAAAAUGAUUUAAGAAGUUUAAAAAAAAACUUUGAGUUGCAAUGAAUUGAAAUUAUUAAUUUAAAAUAACAUUUUCAAAAUUGACAGUUUUUUGAUUAAAAAAAUAAUCACCAGCAUAUAAAUAUUGUGUAUAUUAAUGAUAUUAUGUAUACAUAAGUAUACAUCAAAUGUACAGGCUUUUGCGCGUUUUUAAUUAAAUAUACGUAUAAAACUUAUACAACGUACAUAUAUUUCGUGAUCCAUUUGGACCGGGCCGCAAAGAGAUCAUAAUUGGAAACCUUUAAAGAGCGUGUGUAUACCAGCAUCUACCUAUAUAUUAUUACCAGCUACAGAGCGUAUCGCAAAGAUUUACUAAUUUAUAAAAUGGCGGUGUAAUUGAAUUUACGCAUUAGAUCUCCCCCCUCACAUUUUUAAUUAAUUAGUAAAUUGUGUAUGGCUAUUAUUUUUUGUUGUAAGUAGUUUAUAUAGUAUAUGUGUAGCCUACACAUGGGACGCGUAUAUUAGGUAGCCAUUAGGUGCAAUCACGAUGUACAAAGUGGUUCAAAAGAUACGUCUUUUUUAUUCUUCAAUAAUACGUACAUUUACUUGAUUUUGGUCAUUCUUAUAAAUAGAUACACUUACACUUAUAAAGAUCAUAUUUUCAAAUACUUAGAUUUCGAUUAUGAUUAAUGAUCAGAAGGUAUAUCCCAUAUAAAUAAUUUUUUUCAUAUAUAAAGGCCACCAUUUUUUACUGUAUUGUAAAUUGUCAAUCUGAUGAUUUCUUUUUAAAUUAUACCUAAUUCGUUUAAAUCGAAACUCAAAUCAUUAGUUUCUGAGUUAUUUAACUUUAAUGUAGUAGGGAUAGAGAA